CACCCAGGCGCUGUCUCAGUUCGUCGGCUUUCUUUCCUGCCCGAGCUGAGAUUUCAUACAAGCCCACGAACCGGACAGCACAAGAGACGCCAGAACCCUCCAUCCCCACAACACUCGCUAGAUAUUUAGCACUUGUAGCGUUAAAUCCACUCGAGUGGGUGUAGUACCUUCUAUAUAACCUUUCAAAUAACAGAAAAAUGUCUUGGCAAAGCUACGUGGAUAACCUGAUGGCCGAUGGCAGCUGCCAGGAUUCCGCCAUUGUUGGCUACACGGACGCCAAAUACGUUUGGGCAUCUUCAGAGGGUGGUACUUUUAGCGGUAUAACGCCUGAUGAAAUCGAUGUCAUCAUUGGCAAAGACCGGGAGGGCUUCUUUACCAGUGGGAUGACUCUAGGGAAAAAGAAGUGUUCUGUGAUCAGAGACAGCCUUCACAUGGAAGGGGACUGGACAAUGGACAUCAGGACAAAGAGUCAUAAUGGAGAGCCGACGUACAAUGUUUCCAUAGGCAAAGCUGGCAAAGUAUUGGUUUUAGUCAUGGGAAAGGAAGGUAUCCACGGAGGAGCGCUCAACAAGAAAGCAUUUGACAUGGCUGAGUACCUGAGGAAAGUUGGAUACUAAAGCAGCCCCUUCCCAUCCAUCCACACAGCAGCUCACUUUAAUACACCACAGCACCCCCCCAACCCUCAUCCUUACUCCCAUCCCCUUUUGUCAGCUUGACAACACUACCAGGAAAAGUUGGAUACAUUGUUGUCUCUCUCCAAAUCUGUUAAUUUUUUAUAGAGAGGUUUUUCUUUUGUUUAAUGGUCUUUGUUCUUUAUUUUUUUCCAUGUUUUGACCUCUUUAUUGUGCCACAGUAAAUCAAGCAUGUUGAUUUUAUUAAAAAAAAAACACUACUUGUACAUACCGUAAACUUAAAAUGAAGAAUUUUUACAGAUUGGACAACUUUGGAUUUGUAUAAAUUCGCCACUAUAUGAAGUCACUACAUUGUCCAAUUUUUCCUUAGGCACUGCUAAUGAACCAGCUUAAGAUAGAUUGUUGCCUCUCAAGUGCUUUGUGCCCUUGCUGAGCUCUCAUGGUCUUCCUUGUAUACAGCAUGUCCUCCAGGAUGGAAAACGUGCAUGCAUAUCUUUUAGGUCAAUAUCAUACUUUUCCAAUAACUUACUACACCAUCUUAUCUCAGCUUUGAGAAUGAAUUUAACUAGACACUGUUAUUUUUUUUAUUUUAGUUGAUCCCAAAUUGCAUUAGUAACCACCUCAGCCCCUGACCUUGUGAACUGCACCACCCCCCUUGGCCCAGCUACUCCUAACCCUAUACCUUAUGUAUGACUACCUUAUAUCAAAUGCUUUUGCUGUUGUAUUUGGGUGUGGUCUUGUAAGUCAUUGGUCUAAUGUUGGAAUUUUUUGAGUGUGAUGGCAGAUCAACAUUUACAAGGUUUGGGUUAAGUUGUUCCCCAAGAGCCUCUGCAUCCCGGACUCUGUAUGGACAUUCCAUCGCUACAAUAGCUCAGGCACUUAUUGUUGUUUGCCAGCUCCUGUAAAAUGUUUUCUUUUUAUUUGUUAGUUUUUUUUUUGAUGAAGUGCUGCCAUCCCAAUGUAACUCUUUGGUUUUGUCCAUUUCACUUUGGUUUCUCCAAUAGGACCAAUUUUUUGUCUCAUCCGAAGGGAUUAACAGAAUUGCUCCAAACUGUUGUUGUGAAGGAUGACUGCUAGCUUCAUCUGUUGCUGACUUUAUAACACUAAAUUUUCAACACCAAGUACACAAUGUAACACAAGCUCAUUUCUAAUAAACACUAUUAAAGGCUUAACAGUUUGAAAUAAAGUAAAUCUAUGUAAUCUA